AUGCAAUGCAAGUGUGCAGCUCCUUCAACAGUGGUACCCACACCAAAUAAGCGUGCUAACUGGUCUACUGGUCUAAAAACUGAGGAGAUCAGUACCCCCACCACACACCGCAUCCAGUGGCUUGCCAACCCCACAUGGAUGGAUCGGCUGGUAUCCUACUUGCUUGAAAACCCAUCUGUGCAUCUCAAACUAUGUGGAGAUUCUUCCCAGACAGCGAAGGCAGAGAGCCGGUCAAGGGUUUCUACUGGUGAGAAGAAGAAGGACUACUGGGCUAUCAUUGCCAAGUCUAUUUGGGAUCGGGAUGACGAGCCUGAACAUGCUUUUUACAUCAAGGACUUAGCCCACUAUACCACUGCAAUUCAAGGGCGGAUCAGUUGGCUUGAAACACAGUACAACAAGUACCUUAAGUUCCUGAAGGAAACAGGUCAGGGUGUUAAGACAGAUGAGGAAAUUGAAGAAAUCCACACAAAUAAAAUGGAGAUACACUCGAGGUUCCCUUGGUUUGAUGAUUUGGAUGGAAUUUGGUCCAUGCUUCCAAAACAUUCCAUUGACUUGAUCUCAAAUUCAACUGUGGGACAAGCCCAAGGGUCCGAAAACCUUUCUUCAGCCUCGCCUACUAUGGAUACAAAUGUACCGGAGUCUCAGGAUGCAACUCUGGCUGAGGUGUUGGAAGAUGGCAUGGACUUGUGUGUUGCUACUCCUGAUUUCAUCUUCCCCUUCCCCACUUCCAUCACCCCAUACUACCUUACUCGAUGA